GGAGUCAGUUUCCGUUGGAAGUUAAGCGGAAGGGAUUCAGGUGGCAGCAUGGCGGCGGUUGUCGUGCUCGGUGCGCGGCGGCUAGCGGGACGAGCGACUUUUCUCUUCUUAGGGGCUUCGCGGCGGUCUUCUCAACUGCUUUGCACAAUGACGCAGGAGAAAAGCACUGGACCAAAUUUUGAGGAAGAACAAAACCAGAGCCAUGGUGAACAAAAACCUGAUUCUUGCUCUGAUACAAACAUAUUAACAGAGGAAAAGACCAAACUGGAAGAGCAGUUAAAGGAAAUAACUGAUAAAUAUAAACGUGCCCUGGCAGAUGCAGAAAAUCUGCGGCAGAGAACUCAGAAAUUGGUAGAAGAAGCAAAGUUAUAUGGAUUUCAGAGUUUCUGCAAGGACUUACUGGAAGUUGCUGAUGUUCUGGAAAAAGCAACUGAGUCUGUUCCCAAAGAAGAACUAAAGGAUGAAAACCCCCAUUUGAAAAAUCUUUAUGAAGGUCUUGCCAUGACUGAAGUUCAAAUACAGAAAUUGUUCAAAAAACAUGGAUUGGUGAAAUUGAAUCCUCUUGGAGCCAAAUUUGAUCCUUAUGAACAUGAAGCAUUAUUUCAUGUCCCCAUGGAAGGGAAAGAACCUGGCACUGUUGCUUUAGUAUCAAAGGUUGGCUAUAAAUUGCAUAGCCGUACUUUAAGGCCUGCAUUGGUAGGUGUUGUGAAAGAACCAUAGCAGUCUAAUCUGAAAGAAUUAAUAAGCAUCACAUAAAUAUUAGUGAAAUUUCUUAAUAAUGCCCCACUAACAUAGGGGUGAUUCACCAAUUGAGGUGGGAUACAGAGGAAAAUGAUGGGUAAUAAUGCAUAUAAAGCAAUGCUGAAAAUGGUUUUUAAAUGAAUGCAUAUAACGAGAUAAUACAAACUAAUAACAUAAAUUACAAUCUCAAAUUA